CUGCGAUUAACAAAACAACCACUCGUUGUCCAGGUAACAAUUAUUAAUCAGUAGUGAUAAUACCAGUGAUAAUAUUACAGAUAUGCACUGAUUACCUACUGCAUCGCAGCAGAUGCCUAUGUGGACGGAGUACCACGUGUACCGUUAUCGGUGAAGAGUGAAUUGGUCGAUUCCACAUUGGCAUUAUCGCCAGCAAAUGACCAAUCAAUGAUGCCGUUGUAUCGUAGUGGCAAUCCGAAUUUUGCACAACCGUUCACAUCGAUUCAUAAUCGUUUACAUCAGGAUUAUGCUGCAGAAUACGAGGAUUUCUACUCGGAUUAUGAACAUUCGGAAAUGAUAUCAGCGGGCGAUUUGACUAUUCGUGAUCACAUGUUCAGAAGACGUCCACAGGUCAUACUUGAUUUACCGCCACUGGAUGAUGAGAGCAGUUCGUUUUUAUUUCGUUUAUUNUGUACAUUCGUACCAAAACUGAAUCCGUUAGGGUGCGGUGCGGCGAUAACGUUCGUCGUCGAUACCACUAAAGUACCAGUAUGUGAUUUGAGCACCGAUAAUUUGGGUAUAUUACUUUUAUCAUGUGCUUGGAAUUCAAAAGAAGGUCGCCGUAUGAAUGUGCGUAAGUUCUACUACAAAGAAAAGUCGAAAGGCAGCGAGGGCGAUCAUGAUUUCUGCGUGGUUCAACGCGUUUACGUUCAUCCGUAUUGUCGACCACCAGAAUCAGUGCGAAAGAUGAUUUGGAUUGUUAAGAAAGAGGGUGUUUAUUGUAGAUAUGCGUUGAUAUCCUACUACUUGGCACCAGGCUCGGAUGUGCCUCCAUUACCGCAUGGCAAUUCAAAGAACAACCAACUGGCAUACGUUCGAAAAUGUCCGAGUGAAGUGGUGAGACGUUCGAAUGUUCGUGGUAGCAGUAGUGGGAUGAUCACGAAGGGUACUGGUAAGAGGAGUGGAGGUGAUCCAAUGAACAGUGCUGACGGCAGCGCCAACAAUAACACGGAUUCAUCGGCGAAUAUAUCCGACAUUGACGACAACACCGAGGUGAAUGUGGAGGCGAUGUCCGAUGAUGAGCAGAUGAGCAAAGUGAAUGUGACCAGUCCGGAUAGUCAGGCGAAAUUCUUUGCGAUUUCCGAUGAAGAGAUGACCGAGCGUAUAGCGCAACUGACAAGUGCAAUACCGUUCACGAGAACGUUUAUCGGUUCGAUUAGCGUUCUACCGGUGGGCAUUCUGAGGGCUGAUUCGUUGUUAGUUGUCAUUUUGUUUUUAUUAUCAUUAACAUAUCGUUUCUUUUCGAGUUUGUUUUGUUCUGUUUGUUCUUUGGUUGAAAAUUCAUCACGUUGCCGUGAUUCGUCAAAUUGUAAUCGAAAACUUUCAUGCGAUUAA